AUGUUUGCGCCUGCGGUGCCAGAGAUCAUCGAAGAUGACGAUAUUGGACUGGCUGUCGAUGCCCGAACAGAGAGUCUGCCUGCCUUGCGCGAACUAGGGCCUCCUGAUCUUGUGCACCUUGUUAAGCAAAGUAUCAAGGCUGGCGCGAAGCAGACGGGCGUGUAUCAUCAUGUUACCGGUGCCGACGCCUCCUCUUCCGCAAGUCUUGCGGCCUAUGUUAACACCUUGACUUUCAAUCCGGCGGAUAAGACACACAAGGUCGUCUCGGGACUGUACUGUUGUUACAAUGCAUUCUCCCAUUUGGACAUGAGGGUGGAGGUCAAGAUUCCAGGCAGCGUCGAGAGCUACUGCGUUGACGAGCGAGGUGAUAGGAGGGUUGCAACUGACGGUCUAUGGCUGGAAACAUUUUUGUGCGCAGUCCUGCGAGCCUACUCCUAUGCGGACGAUGGUAGUGGAGACACAAUCAAGAAGAUCGUUGGUGUCAGGAGAUUCAAUCCCAUCACAAGUACAGAGCAAGAACAUCGAUUCUUCGAGGCUGCAGAGAGGUUGUUUUUCAGCGGACGACAACUGGGGUCCGAUCCUGAGAUACAGAUCCCCAAUGUCGUGUCAAACCAUCUCACUGCAGGCUUGCUGAAAUACAUCAAGACCACCGGGCGAUAUACCUCUGGAGUCAAUCUGUUUGAGAAGUUGCGAUCGAAGGAUGUGGAGGUAUCCUCGCUGUUGGCGCGAGUCCUUUUAGAAGGAGACGAAGAAAUCCAGGCUGUGCGCCUCCUGCAUGACGCACUGCAAGACGUUCCCAUGGAUUAUGCGCUUCUAGAUUGUCAAGCGUCAUUCUGUCAGAGCAAAGGUGAAGGUGCAAUGGCACUCGAGUUGGCAAAGCAGGGCGUUACGGCCGCCCCAAGCGAGUUCAGCACCUGGGCCCGGUUGGCAGAGGUCUACGUCGAUCUCGAGCAAUGGGAUUUGGCUCUUCUUACCCUUAAUUCUUGUCCCAUGUUUUCCUACCAGGACAAGGAUUCGCCAAGGAUGCCGGAGCCAAGCCGUGUUCUCCUACCAAUCCUUCCAGAGAGCGCACUUGACGAAAUUGACGAGGGCCAGCCGCGACAGGGGGAGCCUUAUGACCAAGUGCACGUAUCCCUACGGAAGCUACAAGCUGCCACCUACCAAGGAACGUUUCUGAAAGCGUACAGUCUUCUCACAAGAAUUGCAGCCUCAAUAGGAUGGGAUGCUCUACUAAAGACACGAAGCCAAGUUUUUGUUAUGGAGGAAGAAUAUAGGACAGAACGGCAACACACAGCGACGCCAAAAGCUCCAUCGAGCAAGAAUGCAAGCACAAUCGCAUUGUCGGGAACACCCAACGGUCAUGCCGAUACUGGAAAAGCGCAGGAUUCAGAAGAAGACGAAUCUGAGACUGAUUCUGUAGUGGACGACGAAAAAACUAUUGCCGACCAGCAGAAUGGGUCUUCAGUGAAUGGCAGCUCAAAAGAGAAUGCUGAGCUGAAAACAGACCAGUCGAUGGAAAAGCCUGUGCCGACGAUAGCAGCCGAAGAGGUCAAGUCAGGUAGUGAUGACGCUGAUCCAUCACAUUCGCACUACCCUGGCUUCCAGAACAAGAGACUGUGCGAGCGCUGGCUUGACAACCUCUUUAUGGUUCUCUAUGAGGAUCUUCGCAUAUACACCAUUUGGCGAACCGAGAUGGGUCAGUAUCGACAGCAGCAAAAGCAAUACAAAAAAUCAGCUGCUGAGUGGGAGAUACUGGGAGACCUCGCUGAACGGCUGCAUCAUACAAAUGAAGCCCUAGAAGCCUACCAACAAUGUCUGAACAUCAGGUUCUCCCCUAAAGCGAUGAAGGGACUUCUUCGCAUGUACGAGAAGAUGGGUGACACAAGAAAUGUUCUAGCCUGCUUGAUUCGUCUGAUCACCUGGCAAUACAGGUGGUAUUCUGAGUUCUCGCCCGAACUUUUUUAUUCAAUACGAAAACUCAUUGAAGAGGAGGGUGCUGUCAAGGUUCGUAGCAUUGUUCAGUCUACCAAUCUACCCCAGCAUGUGCUUGACCUGACCCACGAGUACUGUCAAAUAUGCGUGGCUUUUAGGAGUAGUGGGACGGAAGGUUAG